AUGGCUGUGUUUUUGAGAGGAGGAGAAGGAGAAGAGAGGAGGACAAAAGAAGGAGCAGAGAAGGCAGAGGUGAGGAUGAUGGACAGAAAAGACACCCAGCUGGUUUGCUCUUUGCUGUUGUGUAUCGUCACUCAGGUGUGGUGCCAGCUGUGUCCUGGGCCAUGUCAGUGCCCGCCCACCAUGCCACAGUGCCAUGUUGGUGUUCGCCUGAUGUUAGACAGUUGUGGGUGCUGCCAGGUGUGUGCAAGGCAGGAGGGUGAGGCCUGCAGCGACCUGCUGCCUUGUGACACCCAACGGGGGCUGAAGUGUGACUACAGUGCCAGCUUCCCUGGAGGACCUGGACAGUGUGUUGGUCAGAACGAGCUGGGCUGUGAGAUGAAUGGCAGGAGGCUAGAGGAGGGACAGGUAUUUCAGCCUUCCUGUGCCCAGCUCUGCCACUGCCAGGGGGGAGGGGUGACCUGUGUGCCCCUGUGCAGCGAUGAUCUGCAGAAACCUGCGGAUAAGUGCCCCAGGCCUCAGCUGGUGAGACUACCAGGGCGUUGCUGCAAAGAGUGGGUGUGUGACAGCCUGGACAACAACAUUUCCUCAAAUCCAUCUGCAGCAGAGCAGACGCGUCAGGACAACAGGGGUGGGCUGUCAUUUGGCUCCAUUUCCAACUGUAUCGAGUGGACCUCAGACUGGAGCCCCUGCUCCCACAGCUGUGGCCCAGGUGUCUCCACCCGCACCACAAACAGGAACUGGGCUUGUCUCCUGCAGACUGAGACCAGACUGUGCCAGGUCAGGCCGUGCCAGACCUUGCUGCCGGGGCUCCGAAGGCUGCAGCCGGGUUCAGGGAUGUGCGAAAGCAGCUACAUUUCACUUCUACCUGUUCAGCUCAAACAGCAGGGCUGCUGGAGCACCAGAGCCUACCGUCCCAGGUUCUGCACCUUGACCUGUCCGGAGGGACGCUGCUGCAGCCCCUCCCUCACCAGGACAGCGUGGAUGCUUUUCCGUUGCCCCCAAGGCAGGUUCACCCAGCAGCAGGUGAUGAUGAUUGAGUCCUGCUCUUGCAGCAUCUUCAACUGCCACCAGUCCACAGCCACAGCAGCCCAGAGGGUCCUGCCAUGGCUGUGA